AUGGCGUCAUUACUACGUGACCCAGGGAUCUACGACUUCGACAUCAUCGCCAUUCAAGAGCCGUGGAAAAACCCAUACACAACAACCACACAUCACCCAGCCAAGAACAAGUUCCACCUUUGCUACCCAACAAGCCAUACAGGAGGAAUAGCUAGAGUCUGUUUCUUUAUUAACAAGAAGAUAGACCAACUAGGAUGGCGCUUUGAGGAACGAACUAGAGACAUCUGCUCUAUAAUUAUAGACCCAAAAGACGACCAGCAACAACAAGAAAGACUGGUCAUCCAUAACGUCUACAACCCGCCGAAGACCUCGAACAACCGACAGAGCGUACUACCACAGGUACGAGAAGCAUUAAGACAAUAUCAUACGGACGAACAAAUACUGCUUGGUGACUUCAAUCUCCAUCAUCCUCUAUGGGGAGGG